AUGUGCGAGUUCACAUCAGCCAUGAUAGAUCCCCUUAAAGCCGACGCCGAUACCAGAAAUACAUUUCAAAGUUGUUUUGAUGAUCUGGUGGACAAGGCAAUUGACACGGAGCAGAAGAAGGUACUACACGGGUGAUAAAAAGGUUUCCAAUCAACACUUUAUGAUAUCCUUUACCCCUAAAGUCGAUUCUAGUGGGAAUGCUCUCGCCCAUCUGAACACACGGGUGCCCUUACCCUUACGUGCUAUAUUGGGGACAUUGUUGUCUCUCUUCUUUCCUUACCAAUAACCACCAGUGAGGACGCUUUGUGUGCCACAUAAAGCCUCCUCACCGGUGGUUAUAUGGGUGUAAUAUCGGAUAUUACAAAGGGGAAAAUAUAUUUUCAAGAUUUAUGCACACAAUGUCACGGUAAACUUAGUGCUAAUUCAAUCAAUCAUGAGAAUUUGACGUAUUUUUUAAUUCGUUAAAGCGGUCGGAAAUAUUCCCAUACAAACUCUCAUAGUUCCGCCAUGACUGUUAUUGCGCAAGAUGAUAAUCUCACAGCUAGAGCUUGGGCCGCCUGUGAUUCAAUGUACAGGACGUCAUUUUUAUGUCUUUCUACUGUAUGUACAAAGAAACAAUUAAUCAAUUUCCAGUGAAAGAAAUUUAUACUCUAGUGAAUCUAUUGAAUAAUGUGACGUUAAACUGAAUGAUUUAAUGACACACAUCAGGCUGAACAUGCCCACCGCCGGGCGCCAUAGCUGAUCCGGCCAGAAAUUAGUUUUCAACUUGAAUUGUAUUACUUAUUCCUAAGAAAUCUUUCAGACCCUUGAUUUAGCAGCUCUAUUCUGUUGUAGAUCACAGUCGUGACGUCAAAAUGUGGCAAGAGCAAAAAGGUGGCACAUGACGCGCGGCCGGGUGUGUCACUGAUAUGUCGUUAGAAUUGUUUUGAAUUAAAUGAAGCCAAACGUUGUUAUUCGUGACGUCCCCUAUGAGGCUCUCCUCUGAUAAGUAAUAAGCAAAAACCAGUCCAAAUUCAGCUCAUUGCGUAAAAUAAUGUAUCGACGAAUUUUUUCGCAGUUCAUCUCUCACCCAGUGGUGUAUAACUUGCUCAACUCCAGAUGGUACCAAUCCUUUUUUCACGUAAGAAAAGAAUCAUGGCGGAAACCUCAACGCUGGGGAUACUUUUUUCUCAACCUCUGGACAGUGUUUGACAUCGUCUUUUUUCCCUUUCUCUUUGCCAUUUUCUUCGUCGUGCAUUUGAUAAAACAGGCCUUGAGGAGGAAAAGAGGUUUGUAAUAUCGUUUUGCUAGCAUUACAUGGUAAUGCGUUUUCAGCAAGCUCUAAAGUAUUCAAAAGGUUUGGGCCUGAGGGGGAGAGGGGUGAGGAGUGGAGGGUGAUGGCUUUUCUGUAUUUUAUUCCUAACUCCAUAAAACUGAGUUACCAUGCAAACUGAGUCCUCUCAACUGAAACAAUACAGGAGUCCUGGCUAAAACUAUGCGCGAGGUGCGGGUCACGUAUUUCUUCCCUGGCACGUGAAACGCGCUUCGUGCUUGCGAAAAACUGCGCCAGUUCUGCAGGAUACAUCGUUCAAGGAGCGUUCACAGGCCCCGUAUUUGUUCCCACCUGAUCAUAACGGUCUUAAGAAUGGUUGGGACCGUUCUAACCAAGUUUUGAGAUUAGAUACAAGCAGCUACUGGGGAGUUGUUGCUGUGCUUUGUAUCAGUCAGUGUUGCAUGUUUCCUUUAUUGAUCAGUGGUUUAAUCACUUAGCCUCUAAUGCUUUCUUCGAUCAUUUUUCAGAAACUGAAAUAUGUUUUGUUUUGACGCUGGGCAAAGAUACCUCAAAAGAAGAAUUUAAUCUGAUUAAAAAGACGAUAAACUACAUUAUUGGUGAAUAUGGCUGCCACUCUGCCAAAUACUGUGUUGUUUUACAUGAAGACCACAAAAUUAUCGGUAACAUCAACUUUGAAGAGAGGUGCACUACUGAGGAUGCACUUCGAGCGAGGAUUAACCAGUUACAGCUGCCAAACUCUACCAGUUCACUCGGUGAAGAUCUUAUGGCCACCCGAGGUGCAUUCACAAACCAAACACUUGGAAAGGAGGCCAAAAAGGUGAGGAAUACAUGCACGCAACCGUUUUCCCGGCGGAGCGCUGUCAAGUUUUGUUCCUUAACUUGUUCCUAUGGGCUCAUUUUGCAGUCACGGGCUGGUUAUCAGGCCUUGGUAAGUUAUACUUACCGAUUCAUAUUCAGUAUUGAUUGAUUUUGAAGAUCGCAUGCUACAGUUGAUUUAUGUUUAAAACAUAAACACAAAUCACGUUUUAGUUAGUGUCACGGCUCAUGGGCCGGCCCCUGGCAUUUGCCUUCUUGCUGGAGGACUCAGGCUUUCCCCUCGUACUUCAAGCUUUUAAACUCACUGUCACGAAUAAUCAAGCGUUUAUGCUCUUUCUAUAUUAGAUAUCAGAAUGAGAAAAACAUGUCCCACUAUUUUGCCUUGGUAUCAGUAAAAAGCAAUAACCAUUUCACGAUUGCUAUCGGCUAGUAAUCUUCCCGUCUUUCAGAAGAACUAUUGCGUCAAACUCCUCGGGAAUUUUGUUGAAGACCUCCGGUACGUCCGUUUUAAAUACAGUUGUCUUUUAAGUCCCAAAACUUCCAAGCUUUUAGCCAGUCGUUUGUGCUUUUUUUGGGUAUUUUUGUUCUUCAAUUCUCCUGUAAACUUUGAACUAAAACGUGGUUACUUUCCACCAACUUGUCCGCCAUUUUGUUUUGCUUUGCUUUCGCGACUCUCUUGACUCUCAAUCAAUUUAAUUUCAGCUUUCUGCAAUCUAUUCUACUUUUUGCAUUCAGUUUCAACUCUCUACACAGUUUGGGAUUAACUGACGCCUUCUCAACCAAUGAGCAUGCUGAAAUUUUUGCAUGCAUAUUAGAGGUAACUGACGGCUAAAAUGUCACUUUUUCGGAAUACCGUCUAAAUGCCUCGAGUAACACAUUGAAACAGAUACAAGGUGCUUCGUAUGCCUCUUUGCACCUUUUUUUCGCCGGGAAAACCGUCCUAAAUGCAGCUUCGUGAGUCAUCCGCCGUAAACGCUUCGAUUUUGAUCAUGUGACCUUAUACGUCACACGUGUGUACAUUAACCGAAAAAAAAAUGGCGGAUAGUACUUCGAGUGAAAGCAGUCCUAUUUCGGGGUCUUAUUAUUCGGAUUUUGAGGCCUCGAUGGAAAGUGAACAUGAUGAAAGGGUUUAUGAAUCCGUUGGUGAAAUCAGGCCCAGCCAAUAUGAACCGCCAGGACGAAUGUAACCUAAAAUAGAGGGCGGGGUCAGAAGAGGAUCAAGAGCCCGUGCGCCGCGGCCGCCUCAAUCGAGAAAGCAAGAAUGGUGAGUGCAUUUGCGAUUGUAAAAAGAUCUGAAAAUCAGUUGCUUUUCAAUUAUAGGAGCGAUCAAUUAAAGAAACCAAGUGUGUAGACUCUUGAAUACCGUGAGAGUGAAAUGUUUUUAUGCUACACGCACGCACCUUCCGAAGCUAAGGUUUCACUGACUAAAAAUACAAACAUACACGCUUGUGGAGGUGAAUUGGAUGGAUUAUACACGUUCACACGCGAUUGAAUCGGUUUCAAGUUUUCCUGUGUUGAAUUUGGCGAACGAUUGAAGAUUUCUCGGCUUUUACUUUAAAACACGAUGCAGCAUUCGCACAUGAAGAAUUGUAAAUAAAGUAAAGUAGCCUUAAGUUUGAGUUAUCUCUCACGUUUUUAACAGUUACAGAGCUGAUAACUGUUUCUUUUUUGGUGAAACCAAUCAUGCAAGUUGUGCUCUCUAUUUCUUCUGUUCAACAUCGUGAAAAAAAUUGCUAAUUUACUGAUUUUUUUUUUAAUUACAAGGUGUUACUGUGGAAACUGCCAUUCAAUGUGGGGGAAGGAAGAAAACAUCUUUUGCCAAGAGGUAGAUGAAGUCAAAAAUAAAAAUUUGGAUGAUUUUACAAUGGAAAGUAGGCAGAAGCCAGAUGUAUAGUCCAGCAUCCAGGGUUUGAGGAAACUGAUGAAGGCUGACGCCGUCUGCAUUUGUUUUGUUACAAAACAUCACUACACAGCGCUUCCCUUGUUUCCGUUUUCUUUGUUUUACAUCUUGUUGUUUUCUGUCCAUAUUGUAAAUGUCAACGAAGCUAAGAGUAGUACAGUUUUUUAUAACUUUUCCGUGAACAUAUAUGUAUAUAUAUAUAUAUAACAGUUUUUAAAGUUCAGGUCGUAAUUUGAGAAACAUUACCUACUUGUUAUUUCCAUAGCACGAGUUUGUCGCCGACUCUGUUCCUUUUUUUACCAAAGCCUGCGUUUUGAACGGUAGGAGCUAGGCAUUCCCAUGACAUGUGCUUUAAUGGUUUCCUCUCUCAGGCUGUCAGCUUGUUUUACUGUUCACUCAGCUGACAGUGGUACAUUUUUUUCAAUUUUUACUCGAUAAUGGUUAAGAGGAAAAAAUUAUGGGAACAUAUAUUUUUUUACAGCUGUUUGGAAUGGCGUGCAAACUACCUGUGGCUCUGAAUACAGGCACGCUAUCUGUCGCCUUUCAAUUAUUCAACCUUCGUUGUUUUAUUUCUCACUUCGUAUUUCAUAGUCUCUAAUUGGUGGCCUAUAAGAGAAUGGAACAAAUCUUAUUUUUUUCCGCUAGUAAAUUUCGGCAGCAGCUGAGCAGCCGGGACGAAGUUGUUACUUUCAGGUCUUGACAUGACGCUUUUCACUACCUUACACACGUGUGACGGAUCACAUCCUGACCUGGCCGUCGAUUAAGCGUCAAAAAAAAUUUGUAGAAAAUUUGAUUUUGCACCACAUAUCGUAAAUUUGCUCAUGUAGGAUUCUUUAAAGAAUGUAUUGGGACAAAAAAGGAGAACAUUUGGCGUCAGUUACCCUUUAAUGAUUUAGUUAUUUAUCGUAUCUGGCAUUACAUGUACAUAACAGCUACAGUUAUCAGUUGUGUGAACAGAUUCAAUAAACGGUGAGAUAAACAAAACGAUAAAUAACUUAUGCAAUAGAUCCAUGGUCAGUAGUUGAGAUACUUACAAGCACAUCAGCAAUAUUCUCUGCGAAUCCAAUUAUUGUUUUUCAAAGUGUUUUUUUGUAAAAAAAUUCAAGCAGCUCCUUUAAUUUAUAAGAAGGCUGGUGUAGUUUCAAGAUUGAUAAGUUUGGGCUCAUAUUUGAUAAAACUUGUAAAUUUUUUUUUGAGAAUCAAGGGAAUAAAUAUCACCUUUUUUUCAUUUUAUGUUUACAAUAGGUGGUCGUGCUCUUUCUUAAUGACUCGUUAAGCAUGGUUAAGGCUAGCACUGGGAGUCCACAGCUCAUAGAGGAGAUAAAGGAGAUGAAUAUUAACAUCUUUCCCGUCGGUAUCGGGGAGCACGCCAAAUUAUCAGAGUUAAUUAAGAUGGCAACUAAAGAUGGUACAGCACGUCACUUUGGAGAAUUCGAGUCACACGAGACGUUGGGAACAGCUGUCAUACAAGGUAACCUGGAGAGGUUUAAAAUUACGAUAUCAAAAACCCUCCUUAGAAUGAUUAUUCUCCUAAUUGGUUGGGAAAAAAAAUAAGAAAGUAUUGCAUGCACUUGUUACAAUUCGAAUUGAGGAAGGUUUUUAACGGUAUUAUAUUUUAAAAGCUUUAACUUUUCUCCCACUGCUCGGAAGUGUAACUGGCUUUAUAAUCGAUAUGUUUUACUUUCUUACAGGUAUCGAGGGAAAGACCAUCUAUGGUGAGGACGGGCUAUUUUUGGUAGCUAGAUUUCCAGAUCGUUAAACUUUUUUUUUCCAAAUAAUUUUCGUCAGAUCGUCAGUGCUUCUAGAGUUUUCUUUUGAUGGUCUCCAUUCUAAGCUCGCGUCUCAUUCAUUGUCCUACCGAGUAUAACUAUGAUUACUAUGAUGUCUUCCAGAGAAAUACAAGGAUUACUUUACGACUCCUUAUUUCAUCUUUUUCCGUGACACGCUGAGUUAUCUCAUCCUCCUCGUUCUUCACUUCGCCAUUUGCCUGUCCCCUUCAACUAUUGCCUUCAGUCGACUAGAAUGGGCCAUUUUAGUUUUCUUCCUGGGACGCGUUUUGAUGGAGGUGGAUCAGUUUAUUAGUCCUAAAAAGGCUGACAUGAAAGCAUGUAAGCUGUGUAGGAGGAAUAGAGAUGGCUCCAGCUACCAAGUAUGUUCACAAGAGGGUCAACAAGAGACAAAUGAGGCAGAAGAAGACAAUAUCUUGCGAAAGAAACUUAGUAAUUAUUUCAGGUAUUUCAGCGUUUUCUUUUCUGUUUCUUGUGACAAUACUAGAUUCUCAUUCAUGUUGGGGGCAUGUCAGCUAGGAAGGAUGGGGAAAAAGAGUUUACAGCUUGAAGACGAUAACAAAAUGAGCCACUGUUCUCAGCUUAGGUACACUGGUAAUUUUUUUAGAGCUCUAUCAUUAGUCAUGAGGUGACAUGGUUCACUGCCCGGGUUCAUUGACAGCAACCGAUUUUUAUUGUUUUAGUACACCAUUAAUUAGCUCGUACUCAUUGCAACAAUAAAUAGUGUACUUGUAAGAACUGAUUAUUUUGCCUCAUAAUUAUGAAAGGUUUAGCAGUUCACGGAUUCCCUUAAAUAGAUAAUGGUCUUCUAGUACUGAUAUCUACUACUUUUAUAGUGACCGUUGGAAUGUGCUUGACUUCAUCAUUCUUGUUUUCUACCUGAUUACCUUCAUACUGCGCAUAAUUACAUGGGUGAACUCCACGGACGCGUCAGAAAACUCACUCUUGGCUGUCUCAGAGUAUUUCUAUGGAUUUAUCGCCAUGUUUCUCACACUGAGAGCCUUUGGUCAAGUCAUAGAGCGCAAGCGGGGAAUGGGUGCGAUACAAAUCGCUUUGUUCUUUGUUAUCGGGGAUGUAAUGGCGAUAUUUUGGCAGUUUUUGGCCAUGAUUCUAGCAUUUUCUCUGGCUAUGACCAAGAUAUAUGUUGCUGAGAAGACCUAUACCUCAGGAAAAGAUUCCGCGGAGGAUUUGUGAGUACAUAUUGCGAUCUUUCUAAAUUAUCGAAACCGUGAGUGACAGAUUUUAACUUGUUGGGCCCAUUCAUUUGUUAGUCUUUUUAGUAGUGGGGUGGAAGAGCUUUCCUUUUACGUUAUGGAGGGGAACCUUAUGAAUGUUUAGGUACCCAAUGUAAGAAACAGUGGGCUAAAAGCUAAUCAAGUGAGAUUUACUUUUUUGGAUGGGAGGCCUAACAGGAGAGUAAAACUACUCAGAUCAGAAUGUCAAACGUAGCAUGAAGGCCGAUUUUUUACAGUCUUUAUGAAUACUCAAGCAGGAAAUUUCAACAAGAGGCCUCAAUAAAUAAGUCACUUCGUCGCGCCACUAAUACACAAAAGGUUUGAAAUCAAAUUAUGAUAGCCUGGUGCCCAUUAAUCAUCGCAGGGUCAGUCGUAGUCAUAAAUUGUGGAGUCAGUGACUUGCUAUACACUGACUUUUUGUGUUUCUGGAGGUAUAAGUUCAGGAAUGUUAGUUAAAAAUUUCUCUGGAACAACACAACCGUGUAAAAUAAAUUUGGAAGGGGGGGGGGGGUGGUUAUGGGACAAUUUCUGUUGGUUAAACCGUAAACCAUGGCAACGGUUUCUUUAACCAUUCAUUUUCUCCUAUCAUUUUUAGGGCAUGCAGUGAUUCCGGGCUAAUUUGGUAAGAAUAAAAUUACAGCUUUUUUCUACUCUAAUUUUAACUUUGUACUCUGAUGUCUAAAAUAUACCUGGUUACACGAAAUUUUUGCUAACCUUGAAUUUCGCGCUUUCAAUAUGCCGCGAUUAUUUAAAAUGUUUCAAGCGUGAAAUUCUAUACCUGAGGGGUCGGAAAGGUUAAUUAAGGUCUCCGGGAGGAAAAAAGUGGAAAAAAAAAAUCAUACUGAUGUGUUAAAAUAAGUACUGAUGUUCAACACCGUGCUUUACCAGCUUCAUCAUGAAAAUUUGCAGGAAAGACACUCUUUCCUUUCAUGGCAGCAGAUUUACUAGAACAAGAAGCAGAGCUUCGAGUGAAGAAACCUUCUUUGCCUCGCAUCCCCUCGCGGCUUCGUGUCCGAUUAAUUAACGCUACUUCGCCACUUAAACCUGCAAAAGGCCAGCCCAGCUAUUAGUUUAACUUCUUAGUUUAACUUCUUAAGAGGUACCUUACGGUUUCUCCUUCUGGAAAAAUCCAGACUUCAUCGUUGCUAUUUCUUUUUACCAGUGGUAUCCCUCAAGUUUAAGGUUAUCUUGUAAUAUUUCUUCAGCGUUGCUAUUUCUUUUUUAUUAAUGGUAUCCCUCAGGUUUAAGGUUAUCGGUGAUAUUUUGGAUACCAACACGUAAAUGUGUUGAUAUUUGACUUGAUGGAGCUGACUAGGAAUCUUGAAAGCAAAUUUUGAAAUCGAUGAUCCAUGUAAGAGCAGUGACACGAUGGCCUCCAGGACACACACGUUUAAAAACAUUUAUGGCGGUCUUGACGAUUUCAAUUUCAAGAACUGAAUGGUGUUUCGAUCUAACUCAUUGCUUAUGUUCUUCAGUUGGUGGAACAUGGCGACACACCUUGGUUGGUCUUUACUGGGUUUAGCUGACCUGGAUAGGUUGAACUCCGUCGACAAUUCAUCCGUUUCUCUUAUUCAUGUGCUGUAA